AUGGAUGUUAAUGCUUUGAUCAACCAAGCGGGUGAAUGGGAUCUCGAGAUGAAGCCAGAUGAAGCCAGGAUAGCACACAAUAACACCCUAGUUGGUAAACUGCUGUCUGAAAGAACAGUCAAUGCUCGAUCAAUGAGAAACAUGAUACGAGCGGCAUGGCUUGACAACUUCAAACCAAAAGUCCAUGAAAUGCCAAGGAUCGAUGAUGCUGGGGAGAAUACCUUCACAAUUGACUUUGAAUCCAAAGAAGAAAUGGAGGCGAUAUGGGAAGACCGCCCAUGCCCAGUUUCUGGCACUCUGCUUCAACUCAAAAGGUGGAUCGGCACGGAGAUCCCAGGGGCAAUCACUUUCAAUCAUGUUGAUUUUUGGAUCCAAAUCCAUAAUCUGCCGGAGGCUUAUCAUACUGAAGGUAAUAUAUCCAUGAUAAGGAACAUGUUUAACCGUCUAAUUGACUUGGACCGUAGAGCUUUGCAAGCGCAGAUCUACAGGCGGUUUGUUAGGGCUUUCGUGGAAGUUGACCUGACGAAACCACUCCCAGACGGAUUCUACCUUCGCCACCAACAGAAGAGAAUCUGGAUCGAGUUUAAGUACGACAGAUUGAUGAUGGUGUGCUACUACUGUGGUAAGAUUGACCACACUAAGCAAGAGUGUGAGUCUCGAAGGAACCCAGAAGGAGGGAAUCACCCACUUCCAGACAUUCAACGUUGGGGGCCAUGGACAAGGGCGAGUUCGAAUGCUUUCUCACCUCGGAAUGUUCAGCAGCUGGAGGCUGAAGCCAUCAUCAACAAGGAUGUUGCAUCUUCCUCAAAUCCGACGGAUCGGGCCUUCCAAUCGCCGACGGCGAACAGCGGUGCUCCGACGCAGAACGCCAACAUUGGGCCCCACCAAACUUUGGGUUUCUCACCACAUCAAGGUCAAACCCCCCUGUCAGUGACUAGCCAGAACUUCCCGUUACAAACGACUCUUUCCCCUUCCCUUAACUUUCUCUCACCCCAUCAGACACUGUCACCGCCGUUCACACAAACCCAGACAUUCAUCUCUCCAACUCUCCAGCAAAAGACAGUCUCUCGUAAUCUCUUUGGAGGGGUAGAGACGGCUGAUCAAUCCCAACCCUACCCAAAUAACAUCUUCUCUCCUGUAGCUUUUAUGGGCCCAAAUGUCCCUAACUCAAAUUUGGGCCAUGUUCCAACCCAACCCCAGACCAAUUUCUUUGUUAACCAUAACUAUUUUAGUGUUGGGCCGAGUGGAGCUGUUAAACAAUCAAAAUCUCCAGCCCGCCACACUUUCAAUUCUCGCAGGCUGUCCUCUAGCCCAACUCAGAACAUUUCCAAAAAGAAAAGGAAGGCGGGCUAUGUGGCUGAGUUCGAAAGGGAAGAAACAGGGGAGCCACAUACUCUGCUCCAUCACUUUGUGAGCAAUUCAAGAGAUUUCUUGGCAAUUUGUGGAAUUCAGGAGGAAGAAGAUGAAGAAAUUCCACCGGGUUUUGGCUCAGGUGCUUCUGUGGACAUGGUGGCCGAUUCCAAGCCACCACAGGGGCCAUGA